AUGAAGUUCACCCUCGCCCUCGUCGCCGCCGCCGGCCUUGUCAUUGCCCAGGACUUCUCUGGCCAGCCUAAGUGUGCCCUUUCCUGUCUGGCCGAGGCCAUCCCCAAGGUCGGCUGCAACCUGACCGACACCGCCUGCCAGUGCACCAAGGAGAAACAGGAGGCCCUCGCCCCCAUCGCCGCCCCCUGCCUGCUCGCCGCCUGCAACUCGACCGACCUUACCGCGGCCCAAAACGCCGCCGCCAAAGCUUGCGCCGACUUCGCUGCCACCGCCGGCUCUGCCCAGCCCACCGCCUCGGCUGCCCCGUCCGUCCCUCUCCCCGUCUCUACUGUCCUGGCUUCCGCUUCUGCCUCCAUCACCGCUACCCCUGCCAGUAACGCCUCUGCCCCCUUCAGCAACGCCACUGUCUCCGCCUCGCGCGCUGGUACUGCUACUGCUAGCGGCACCGGUGCCCGCUCUACUGCUCCCUCCACUGGCAACGCUGCUGCUCAGGGCUCCGUCGCCGUUGGUGGCCUUGCUCUCGCUGCCAUUGCUGGUAUCGCUGCUGUUCUGUAA